AACUUUGUACACUUUACUUUCUUCUUCUUCAAGUAAAUAUCUUUCUUCUCCGAUGAUUUCAAAUCUCCGGCGAUAAUGGAAUCUUACGGAAACCCUAACAAGCAGUCUUCCUCUCUCUACCCUACCGUCGACAUGUCAAACCCGGAAGCUCCUCUCAACCCUAUCUCCUCAUCUUCUACAAGCAACCUCUAUCCUUCCCUCGACAUGAACGAUCUCGCCAACAAUCUCUUCUCGGAGCAACCGGAGUCGCGUUCGAUCCCCGUCUCGGCUCCUCCCGCCGCAAGGGAGGAAGUGAUCCUGACAAUCUCCGGCGCGAUUCUCCACCUGAUCGACCAAUCAUACAGCGUCGAGCUCGCUUGCGGCGAUCUCGCCAUCAUCCGUAUUGUUCAAGACGGAAACGUCGUCGCCGUUCUCACUCGUGUCGCCGACGAGAUUCAAUGGCCGUUGACUAAGGACGAGAACUCCGUCAAGGUCGAUGAGUCUCACUACUUCUUCACGCUCCGUCCCUCUAAAGAUUUCGGAUCUGAUUCGAGCGACGAAGACGAGGAUAAUGCCGAUAUGUUGAACUACGGACUCACGAUUGCUUCCAAAGGCCAAGAGCAUUUGCUGGAAGAGCUUGAGAGGAUCUUGGAUCAUUACAGCUGUUUCACGGUUCAGAAAGUGUCGGAGGAAGCGAAGGAAACAGGGGAGGAGGUUUUGGACGUGACGGUGGCGAGGGAGACGUCUCCGGUGGAGCUUACUGGAGAGAAGAAAGAGAUUGUGGAGCAGCAGUGUGCUGCGUAUUGGACGACUUUAGCUCCGAACGUGGAGGAUUAUAGUGGGAAGACGGCGAAGCUGAUAGCUAGUGGCUCUGGGCAUCUGAUCAAAGGGAUUCUAUGGUGUGGAGAUGUGACUAUGGAUCGGCUCAACUGGGGGAAUGAUUUCAUGAAACGGAGGUUGAGUAAGGCUGACAAGGAGAGGGAUGUUCAUCCUGAUACCUUGAAAAGGAUCAAGAGAGUGAAGAAGAUGACCAAGAUGACUGAGAGUGUGGCAAACGGUGUUCUGUCUGGAGUAAUUAAAGUUUCAGGGUUCUUCACAAGUUCAGUGGCAAACACCAAAGUAGGGAAGAAAUUUUUUAGCCUUCUCCCUGGAGAAAUCGUCCUUGCAACUCUUGACGGAUUCAAUAAGGUCUGUGACGCUGUUGAAGUAGCUGGAAGGAAUGUAAUGUCAACCUCGUCUACUGUUGCAACUGAACUUGUUGAUCACAGGCAUGGUGGUAAAGCAGCAGAGGCGACAAACGAAGGGCUGGAGGCAGUGGGACAUGCUUUUGGGACAGCCUGGGCUGCUUUCAAAAUCAGAAAGGCUAUUAACCCUAAGAGCGUUCUCAAACCUUCCUCUCUUGCGAAAUCAGCAAUUAAAUCUGCAGCUUCACAAAAGAAAGCCUAGUAAAGGGCUCUUAUUGAAGCAUAAACAGGCCAUUUGAUGCGUGUUUGUUUGUAUUGUCUCUUGUCUUUGGUUCAGAAGUAAAACGGAAAAGAGGUCUGGUCCGGUUGGAUUAGUUGUUGUGAAGUGUUUCUCUGACUUAGAAUCAUGUGAUGUAAUGAAUAUGCCAUGUAUGUGCAAGCUUUUAAAUUUAUCAUCUGAGGCUAUUGAGCCCAUAAUGUCUGUUAUAGUUUUGAUAUACGGCAAAGCUUCCCAUGCUUAAUCUCGUGGAUAAUGUGACAACAUUUGUAACUGAUUCUACUUGUUUAUAUUAAUCUCAUUAGAACUUGUUCA